CGUCAUAUGCGGUGUGAUCUUAUUUACCCGUAUUGUUGGCGCCGUUCCUGGGGCCGUAUUAUUUAGUCCUGACAGUUAAAGCGCUCAAGGACUUUCCCGAGCGAACCCUCCGUAAAAUUAGUGCUUAGCCCAGCAAAACACCGUGACACAGCAAGCUCUACGCGCAUUACCUGCGAAUAAGCCCAAGAGAGCACCUGACACGAGAGGAAAAGGGCUGUUAUUGUACUUAAAAAGGAAAGUGUAGGUUGUUAUGAUGCACCCAGGGUACUGUAGCAACCGCCGCCUCGGCUCGGACUGAUCAUUGGAAACAGACAGUCAAUAUCUUAUCGCGCGUUCUCAAGGUAAAGGGAAAACAACUCGAAAUUCCCACCCCCGGUCGGACUUACUUUCAUUCGUUCUUUUGAGGAUAAUACGCACACAUGAGUGACUUUUGCACGGAGUGGGAGUGAAUAACGCGUUUAAACGAAUUGCCAGAAUAGCAGCGUUUGAAUAACAGACGCCCCAAAACCCGAAAGUCUAUUCGUUUGCGCUGUCAAAAAGUUAAGACUUUUCUUUUCCGCUGAUUGAGUGCCGCCUAUGCGUCUCUGUCUAUGCACGCGAUUAUACAGCCGUCUGGUUAUUUUCGCGUACGCAGACUCGCGCCGCGCAGCUCCUCUUGUCUGCAACUUUUAAACGGGAAUGCUUGAACAGCCAGAGGGAUUUUGUCAAUGAACUUGUUGCGGUGAGUGCCCUUUAAACACUCACGGCCUGUAUCUACUGGAGCGUCUGUUUCUACACUAUGGAGGUUCCGGUCGAGUCCCCAGACGCAGUUUUUCACGGACCUUACCAAAGCCUUUUUCAAAACGUUCGCGUCGUGCGAGCGAGCAACGCCGAGAGUUUGGACAUUUCGAGCUUAAAGAAGUGCGGGUGCUUGCGCGACUCGACGCCGAGGGAAAUGCGUUUGAACAGGCUGUCCCCCAGCACGGGAUUAUGCUGCUGCCCCGAGAAAGAGUGCGAGAGCACGAGUUCACUGAUGGAGGCAGAGACAAGCCGUAUCCAUUUUCUCAAGAGUUUAACAGGAAGCAAAAGCGACUCGUCUUGUGGCGGCUCGGGCCGUAAAGACGCUACCGAAACCAGCGGCCGUUGCUCGGGUUCGCGUCGGGGCACGGAAAGCGGAGAGAAAAGCGGUGUCGCAGCUGAAGUUCACUCGAGCCGUGACGCAAGUGUGGCGAGUAGUCGCGCGUGCAGCAGCAGCAGCACCACCAUCUCUGAGACAGCGCGCGAGCUGUGCAAAGCCGUGUCUGUGUCUUUGGGGUUAGCCAUGGAGUCCAGCGAACUGGGCGAGGUGGGACCGCACCACGCUCCGCCAACACCCCUGACCACUGAAAGUAGCACUAAUGACAUCUAUUUGUUUGGUAUGCCUUUGCUAGACUGUUCAUUGAGCCAGCGGGAGACUGGAGGUAAACGCGGAGAGUACGGUCUCGCGGCGGGACGAGAAAGAGGCGCGGAGCUGCAGGGGAGCGAUAAAGUCCUCGGGAUGUUUAAAAGUGGCCACCUGGAGCAGCUGCCAGGUGAGAGGACGACCUUGCCGUGCAGCAACUCAUCUCAUACGCACUUAAGCGCGGACGUGCAGGAGGUGCAUGAGUUCGGCAGCCUGUCCGGGGACAUUGCCAACCUGAGUUCAGAAGGUACAGCGGCGACGACAGCACCGGAUAUGGACGCAUCACGAGCGGCUUCGUGCCAGUUUGAACAACUGUUGCCCGCGAACAUGGCCCAUUUCGUCCACCCGGAAUCGGAUCUCAGUACCGGACCGAGUCGGAGCUUUAUGAAGCCCGCGUCGAUGUCUGGUGAGUUUGCGGGGCCCUCGGAGGACAGAUAUUCCGAUUACAUGAAUAUGUACAACGUCAAAAUAAAAGCCGAGAACGAGAACUGGGGGUACCCGCAUAGGUACACGGAGGACGGGAACGGACAAUACGGGCCUCCCAAACAGAGGACCCCCUACCCUUCUGGCCAUGAAGCUCCUUUUAUCUGUAACCCCUACGAGUACGGACGAAGCGGAGCUCUGGUGCCACGGGAGCGACCUCCGCCCGAACAGUGGUACCCGGGCGGGAUGCUGACCCGUCCCCCUUACCCUAACGUGCCCUGUGUAAAAAAUGAGAUGGGCGAGUGGCUGGAUGUAACAACGUUCACCGACGGCAGGUAUGAUGGUGGAAGAAGUGACAUUUUCCCAAUGGAGUUUUUCCUUCCUCCACAAAGGACCUGCCUGAUCUGCUCUGAUGAAGCAUCUGGAUGCCACUAUGGGGCUCUCACUUGCGGAAGCUGCAAAGUUUUCUUUAAAAGAGCUGCUGAGGGGAAGCAGAAGUAUCUCUGCGCUAGCAGGAACGACUGCACCAUUGACAAACUCAGGAGGAAGAACUGCCCGUCCUGUCGUCUGAAAAAGUGUUUUGAGGCGGGGAUGACACUAGGAGCUCGUAAGCUGAGGAAGAUCGGACAGAUGAAGGGUCCAGAAGAGAUCGGCCCCGUUCAGUGCCCAUUGGAGCUUCAGUCCUUGUCCCCCAAGCCGAGCCUGACGUUCCACUCGCAGAUGAUCUUCCUCAACAUUCUGGAGGCCAUCGAGCCCGAGGUGGUAAACGCCGGCCACGAUCACGCUCAGCCCGACUCGGCGGCCGCCCUCCUCACCAGCCUGAACGAACUGGGGGAGAGGCAACUGGUUAAGGUGGUGAAAUGGGCCAAAGGACUUCCAGGUUUCCGUAACCUGCACGUGGACGAUCAGAUGACUGUCAUACAGCAUACCUGGAUGGGAGUGAUGGUCUUUGCUCUGGGUUGGAGGUCCUACAAGAACGCCAACGCGCGGAUGCUGUAUUUCGCGCCGGACCUGGUCUUCAACGAUCGUAGGAUGCAUAUCUCCAGUAUGUACGAGCACUGUGUUCAGAUGAAGCACCUCUCUCAGGAGUUUGUGCUUCUGCAGGUCACACAGGAAGAGUUUCUCUGUAUGAAGGCCCUCCUUCUUUUCAGCAUCAUUCCAGUAGAGGGGCUGAAGAGUCAAAAGUAUUUUGAUGAGCUGCGUCUGACGUACAUAAAUGAGCUGGAUCGUUUAAUCAACUACGGCAGGAAGAGCAACUGCGCCAUGCGCUUCCAGCAGCUGACCCGGCUGAUGGACUCCCUGCAGCCAAUCGUUCAGAAGUUGCACCAGUUCACCUUCGACCUCUUUGUCCAGGCUCGGUCACUCCCCACAAAGGUCAGCUUUCCCGAAAUGAUUGCAGAAAUAAUCUCGGUCCAGGUGCCAAAGAUCCUCGCCGGCCUGGCUAAACCAAUCCUGUUUCACAAGUGACGACUACAUGAACCACCGAUCCAUACCGACCCCACCCAGGCAAUAUGAGCCAGUCAGUUCGGCCUGAUCCUGUUCGAUCCAGCCUACACCAGUCUGUGACGCUUUUAAUCUAGACUCGAUUUGAGCGACGAGACUGAACGAUACUGAUUUUCGCUUCUCCAUUUUUUAGCAUUUCUCACUCCCCCUCCCUCUCUCCCUCUUCUAUAGCUCAGUCUCUCUCACCCUCCUUUUUGAAAAAUGGCCCUGAAAAGUAGCGGGACCAUUACAUCAUUACAGUUGUCUAUCUUCUUCUCAGAGAUCAUUUGAGCUCAUUUUCUCAAACUGACAGCAUGGUGUGAAGCAGGUUUUGUUCUUUCUUUCGACCAGCAGUUAUCCUUCAAGAGUUACAGCGUGUUGCCUAGUGGACGAGUUGGAAAAAAAUAUCACACUGCAGAUUCAUCUGAGCCCUUAAUCAAAAAAAAAAGGAGGAAAAAAGGACAUUACGCAGAUCCCCAUCAGGUACAGGAGCCUGUGACCUGCCUCGACUCUCUAUGCAUCAUAUCUGCCGGGGAUAAAAAAAGGUUUCAUUGUCUGUGAUUCGAGCAGACAAAACAGCAUGCGUACAGAAAUGCAUCACGAAAACUGAGACGCACGUGAUUUCGUGCCUGUGACUCUCGCUCGACACGUUACUUAAUACAGUCCUGUACUAUAAAAAAACUGUACGGUGUACGGACAGCAGCGGACUGACAAACCAUCUCCUCUCUUUGUUUUAUUCGUUUAUUGAUCGCAAGGCAAGUGCUUCAUUUAUUUCCCAUGAAAUAUGGAGGCUCAUCGAUUUGGGAUAUAUUUUGAAGAUUUGACUUUUCUGUUCGAAAUUUGCAUUUGAGAAGACACAGCAAUGCCUCCUUUAGACAGGGCCCCAAUUUUUACCUGGAUAUUUAAGUGCAAGGUAUAAUAUUGACAGUUUACCAAACUGUAUAUACACGACAUAAACACAGCGAAGCUUGGAUCAGCAUAGAACGUGUUGAAAUCUAGGCCUAUCUAUAUCUAUAUAUGCAUGCCGUCUUCAUAUCCAUUACAACAAAACAACAAACAAAUAAUUGCAUGCUAAAGCCCUAGAUAUUAUAACAAACCAAACUGCAUUUCCAGUAAGCUAAGUGGAUAUUGUUAGGAAACGGGGCUGUUUCCCAUAAGGCUCUUAUGAAGUUACUCGCUCUCUUUGUCCUUAAUGGAAGAUUUGGCAAGGUAAUGUUCUUGUGUGUGUGUAUAUAUAUAUAUGUAAAAGUUAAGCGUGGUUCUUUUCAACCUUUCUAUGUGCUAAUGUAUGGAUGUAGUCAAUAGUUUUACAGUACAGUUUCCUCUCUUUCCUUCAUAGUAAGUGCCACCGAGGGAUUUGUAUUUCUCUGCGCUAGCAAUAAGUAAUCACAUGCUUAACAAACACACACAAGCUGUUCUUAGGAUACCAAAGCAUGCUUAAAUGGUGCACAGCUUUAAACGAUAACAAAAAAAACGCAAAAAAAUAAAACAUUAUCUGCUAACACGGGAUAGUACUGUUAUUUUAUCAUCAGACUAAUAAUCGCUUUUACCAAACAUAAUCACCAUCGACUGUCGCGAGACCGCACCAACUUAUAGUUUGAGUUUAUUCGAAAGGGUGUUGAAUCGCCGAAAAAUCAAAAAGAGACACGUGUAUUUUUACUCGCUUUCGCUUCAAUUAAAGCGUAUUUAUCUGUCAGAACAGAACAUCUUUACUCGCUUUCCACAUACCUGCCGCACGCUCACGUUUCGUGUCACCUUCUUUCUUCACGCGCUCGGUUUCUAAAUGAUUGAAUAAUGCCUGCAGCGUUAUGUAUGUAGAUUACUCUUUAAAGAGCCCUGAAGUCUCGGCGACGUGUUGUCUUUGUCAGGCCUGGUGUGACCCCGGGUGUACUUUUGAGUUUUGCGCCGAGUUAAAACGCAGAGACGCCGUUAGCUCUCGAGCGCGUUGACGGUUUAAAUGUGCCAGGCAGAGAAUAGGCUGUCAGAAACGGCUCCUCUGCUCUGACAGCACCAAGCACGGCGCAAUUACACGCAGGUGUUUACCCAUUUAGACGGCCCGAAAGCACUCAUUAGAAUUUGCAGAACUCCAAACUGCACUUUUACCCUGCCAAAAAACAGCUCAUGACUUCCACGGCAAAUACGUAGCGCUUUAGGAUAAAAAACGUUUGAUCAUAAAGACAUGAAUUAGACAUCGGACUAACUUAUAAGAACGCUCGAUCGUAAUUAAUACGACGUCGGUGUCCAGCUACAGAGAGUUGAGAUUUGGCUUUUUGAGAGGGAUACGCUCUCGCUGUCUUACAGUCGUCUGUUUACAGUGGAAAGUUACUCAGAUGUAACACCUCAUUUGGCUCGCGUUGCGCUCAUGAACUGACUUGUGCUUGGAUGGUCCGUAAGCUGAUUUACAUUGUGACUUUCUUAACACAUCUCUUAUGAGCUAUGAUGUAGAACUAUUGUGUGUGUGUGCGUGCGCGUGCGUGUGUUGGUUUUCAAUUAAAAGUCUUAAAUGGUUUCAGAUCUCCGCUUUAAGAUUUACUCUUACUGUGUGCAAUGUGGUCAGCCAAUAACAAAAGCAUAUGUGUAUGUUUAUAUGCUCUCUUGUAAAUCCGCUCACAGGCUCUGCAUCGCCACCCUUGUAGGUACACCCACCAUCACAGUUUUUGUCUGAUUAAAGAAAGCAAUAAGGACAUUUUUGGAGUCGUUUUACAAAACGUUUUUAUAUUGAAUUUGGCCUGCGCUGGAUCUUGUUCCUAUCAACGUUUCUGCUUUCAUAUAUAUGUAUAUAGAGGCAACAACAUAAACGAAACGGCUUUUUGGCCCAAACUUAACUUCUGGUAGACUUCCUCAAAGAUUCCAAUAGUAAAGCUAAGUAAUUUACCUUAAUUUAAACUUAACUACUACAUUGAGCUAACGUUACUUUGUGAAAUGAAUGUAUACAAUGUUAGCUACAGAUCUCCCCUCGUCCUUACAUUUUUUUUCAACAAGGCAUCUGUUCCAGAGGACAGUUUAAUCGCAAGCCAGCCGGCUAAGCAAACACCUGAAGUUAACUUUGGGCCAGACGCGUAACAAUGCGCACGCGUCCGUCCAUCCGCCGAAGCCGUCUAUAAAACGCAAAACGGUCUGCAUGUCACCAGGAUGUUUCUUGCAGUUAUAAAUUGGUCUUUUAGUACACUAGGGACUUUUUAACCACCAAAUGAUUUCACCCUGAUGUGUGUAUUUUUUUCCUGGCAACGAAGAAAGUCAUUUGGCUUUUUAAUGCAAGGAAUCUGCUGAGAUCUUCUUGACAAGCUGUAUAUUAAUAAUCGCCUUACAGAAAUGAGAGCGCCACACCGGUUCGCUAAUAAAAACUCAUUCAUGUUAACAUGGCAGGCAGAGCUGUAUCUAUUUCCUGUUUUAGCUUUGUAAACCAUAUAAAAACUCUCAUAAUAAAUGUAACAGCUACGUAAAAACAUUUUGCUGGCUGAUACUAAUUAAUCAUUAGCGAAUGCUUUUUUACAGCGUUUUCUCUGGUGUGAAUAAUUCCUGUCUUUCCCUGGUAUUAUGGGAUUUUUUGGCCUUUCCAUAUACAGACGGAAGAGCUGGAUGGUUGGGCUUUAUAUGAUUAGAGGAGAAAAUUCUGGCUUCUUAAACGAUGUUUGUUACUUCGAUCUUUGUAACUUUAUAGUCUUUUUUUACAGCAGUUGUGUGUGAGGGUGUGAGCGGGUGUGUGUGCAUGCACGCUUUUUGCAGAAUAUUUAGUAUUGCUAUGUAGUGUUGUAUUGACACUGUUAACUGACUUUUAUUUUUGAGCAGUUUGCGAACUGAUUUCCACUCACGGAUAAUCGCUUAUCGGUCGCUUUCGUGCUCUGACUCUUGUUGUUUAGAGCUUGUGUAAAUCGGGUUUGUUUGUGUUUUACCGCUUUCAAUUAAAUAAAAAAACAUUUCAAAAUCAAA